AGGAGAGAAAUGAGCCGCCGGACGUCCACCGCGUUACCCACCGGGACCUCCAAGUGCACCCCUUCCCAGAAGGUGCCCACCCUGCCGGGCACCAUCGCGUCCAACAAUGACUUGGCCAGUCUCUUUGAGUGUCCCGUGUGCUUUGACUACGCGCUGCCCCCCACGCUGCAGUGUCAGAGCGGCCACCUGGUCUGCAGCAACUGUCGCCCCAAGCUCACCUGCUGUCCGACCUGUCGGGGCCCCUUGGGAACCAUCCGCAACUUGGCCAUGGAGAAGGUGGCCAACUCAGUCCUGUUCCCUUGCAAACACGCCAUUUCGGGGUGUGAAAUCACUCUGCCGCACACCCAAAAGGCGGACCACGAGGAGCUCUGUGCGUUCCGGCUGUACGCCUGCCCCUGCCCCGGCGCGUCCUGUCGGUGGCAGGGCUCCCUGGAUGCCGUGAUGCCCCACCUGAUGCACCACCACAAGUCCAUCACCACCCUGCAGGGGGAGGACAUCGUGUUCCUCGCCACCGACAUCAACCUCCCCGGGUCUGUGGACUGGGUGAUGAUGCAGUCCUGCUUCGGCUUCCACUUCAUGCUAGUCCUGAAGAAGCAGGAGAAGUGCGACGGGCACCAGCAGUUCUUUGCGAUCGUCCAGCUGAUGGGAACGCGCAAGCAAGCGGAAAAGUUUGCUUAUCGACUCGAGCUGAACGGUCACAGGCGGCGGAUGACUUGGGAAGACACUCCCCGAUCGAUUCACGAGGGCAUCGCAACGGCCAUUAUCAGUAGCGACUGUCUAAUCUUUGACACCAGAAUCGCACAGCUUUUUGCCGAAAAUGGCAAUCUAGGCAUCCAUGUCACUAUUUCUAUGCGUUGAAACGGCGAGCCCACAUUUUUCUGGCCGGUGUUUAAAACCAUUGCGUUCAAUUUCUCAGAGAAUAGGCACCCUUCUGCCUGCCCACCUGAAACUUUUGGAAGGUGGAGCUAGUCGCAUGAAGGUAAAUA